AUGUAUGACAAAGAAGAACCUACGCCGACACAGCCAGAUGCAAGAUGGAAUGAUACUGCGGACUCUGCGAUACAUCCUCUUCCUUUGACAGAAGCAAUGGAUUUCCAAGAAAGCAUUGGGACGGCAGAACUACCUCAUGGGGUUGCUUUCCUGUCCACUUCAUGGGAAGCAGUCCAUGGAGACAGAGUUGGAAAACUGGACGAUUCUACAGACUUAGUGAUCGAUGACGGCACAUCCUUAGCUCAGAGACCGCAUUCGACUCCAAUGAAGAAUCCAAGAAUGAGAACUGGGACCUACCGAUACAAGUGCUGUCUAGGGAGAAUGGCAAGUGGAGACUUGCACGACAUGGACAGUCAGCUCAAGGAAAUGUCCGCGAAGGACAAAAAAAAGUUUUUAUCGGAUUUGAUCCAUAGAAACUCCUCUCGAAGUCGUCAGACGCUUUCGUACAAAGGCGUCAACCUUUGCAGACUCUGUUGCUUGAAUUUAUUCAAUGUAACUCAGAAAGAAUGGAACAAGCUGCAACGGAGACAAAGGUCUCAUUUCCCGAAGCUGCCAAGGAGGAAGCCAAAGGCUGAAUUCGCUCGAGCGUGGCUGAUGAACUUCCUCACACUCCAUGGACAGCAUUCACCAUGCCCAACCAAAAGGAUAUAUGUCCAGGGAUUCACAAUGAAGCAACUUCAUCGCAACAUGCAGGAAGGAUGUGUAGAGAAGGGAUGUCCGAGAGAGAGCCUUCUCAAGUACGUCCGAUUCACUUCUCUCCUAAAGGACAUGAACGUCUCAGUUGCAAAGCGAUCCAACUACACGCACCACAAGGUUCUGGCUUUGGAGGAUAGCGAAUGGAUGACAAUGGUGGUCGAUGGAAUGGACCAAAAGAAAACUAAUGUGCCGCGUUUCGCCCAGGAAGACAAGCAUACCAACAGCUUGCCAAAGCUUGUCACUCAUAUUGCAGGAGUGAUGGUGUACACAGGCAAGGGCAUUCGUGAGUUCGCUUAUGUGGACAUGAGUCAAUACCCACAUGAUUCCAAUUUGACCAUUGAAGUCAUUCUUCGAACCCUACUCCGUAUGAAGGAAGAUUUGAAGCCAAAACUCUUCCUGCAGAUGGAUAAUUGCACCAGGGAGAACAAGAACAAGUACCUCUGCGCACUUGCACAUCUACUGGUGGAGGAAGGAAUAUUUGAUGAGGUGUUAUUCAACUUCCACCCAGUUGGACACACUCAUGAAGAUAUUGAUCAACUCUUCAGCUCGGUGAACCACUACCUGAGGGUUAGGGAUACGUGCACAGUAAAUGAUUUGAUGACAUGCUUGGGAGAGAUAAAAAGGAGAGGGAGACCUCAGCAUCUUCAGGCUGAGGAAUUGGAUGUAGUUCACAACUUCAAGGGAGUCAUACAGAAUCAUUUCCCCCGUCACUUUCGCGGUCAGACCAAGCCUCAUUCAUUCCGGUUCCGGAAAUCCAGCGGAAUCACACAAAUGCACGUUCGAAUGCAUGCUGGAGAAGCCUGGUGCCCUAAUGAGCAUGAUAAUCAAUACGUCAGGGAAUGUCUUGGCCCAGAUCUUGGUUAUAUCUGUCUACAGACAACACCAGAACUCCAUGUCUUCUGUGUUCUGGUACCACCGGAUUGGAAUUCAGCUGGACUGGAACUUGUGAAGGCGUCCAUCCAUAGUUACUUUCCAGAGAUGUCUGAGGAUAAAAUUCAUGCUUGGCGUGUCUUCUCUCCAGAUACCCAGCAAUCCAUGGAACCUAGAUUGUAUCUUCAGAAGUUAAGAGACCAUAAGAACACUUCACCUGAACUCAAUCCUAACAUCACCCCAGCCAUGCAAUCCUACCUGACGAACAUGAGAAGCCAACUGCUUGGACCAUUCCAACAGCCUAUCAUUGGUUCGAUUGGGAGUCGGAGACUGGGCAUAUGUGCCGGGACUGAAGAUCUUCACAUAGGUAUGCUGGCUGUUGUCUAUACGGAGGAGAAAUCAUCCCGACCAUGGAUAGGAAAGAUAGCCUCUAUAGACGAGAAGCAAGUGGCCAUCCACUGGUACAAGGGAACUUACGAGAAGACAUGGAACCCAAUGACAGGGGCUGGAAGCAUUUCGUCCGUUCCUCGAGAAUCUCUCCUCCUGUGGGGCUUCACUCUGACGGACAAGAAACAACUGCUAAGGAGUGAAACAAGAGAAGAAGUAAGGCGGCUCUAUCAGGAAACAGAUCAAAGAAUGCAACGUCAUGCAGAGACUUCAGAACGUAUCAUCAAGGAAGAUCUUAGACUCAAAGUCUUCAAACCAAUUCCCGAACUUUCGGAAGCUGUGAAGAAGAAGCGAAAAGUGUACCGGGGUGUAAGAAUCCGAGACGUCGAACAGUUGAAGGAGCGAAUUCGCAUGACUUGGGAUGAACUCUCGCAGAGCUCCAUCGCCAAGGCCAUUUCCAAGUGGAGAGGCAGAAUGAGAGCAGUGGUUGAUCAUGGUGGAGGCCACAUCGAGCCAUUCAUUGAAAAUUAA